GAAUAACGUCGGGUCGGGUCAGCGGGCGCUGCAGUAGUCGCCGCAGCGGCGAUGGGAGCGGUGGGGACGAGGCGGCGGCGGCGGCGGCAGGAGGAGGAACGGGGGCUGGCACAAGAGCAGCGGCUGGGGGCGGCCAGCAGCAGCAUUAACAGCAGCCGCCGCCGCCGCCAGUAAACGCGGACGGUACCCGAGGGGACUACCAAGCCGGCCGGCCCUCGAAGCCGCGCUCGGGUCCCGCCGCAGUUGGCGGCGGGGGAUGGGCAGGCGGCGGCGGUCCCACCUGCUGAGGGUUGAUCUCUGCGGGUCCUGGCCCUGAGCUGGAUCCGAGCCCUCCGCCCGAAAUCCCUGCGUCCGCCACGGCCCAGGUUAAAUGGAAACCAUCCUUGGGAGCUGGUUGCUUGUGUAGCUGUUUUAUCACAUCAGUGAAUUGCAAUGAGUGGAGGAGGAGAGCAGCCGGAUAUUCUCAGUGUUGGAAUCCUGGUCAAAGAAAGAUGGAAAGUGUUGAGGAAGAUUGGGGGUGGGGGCUUUGGAGAAAUUUACGAUGCCUUGGACAUGCUUACCAGGGAAAAUGUUGCACUGAAGGUAGAAUCAGCUCAACAACCAAAACAAGUUCUGAAAAUGGAGGUGGCUGUGUUGAAAAAACUACAAGGGAAAGACCAUGUUUGUAGAUUUAUUGGCUGUGGGAGGAAUGAUCGAUUCAACUAUGUGGUCAUGCAGUUGCAGGGUCGGAAUCUGGCAGAUCUACGCCGUAGCCAGUCCCGGGGUACAUUCACCAUUAGCACUACUCUUCGGUUGGGUAGACAGAUUCUGGAGUCUAUUGAGAGCAUCCAUUCUGUGGGAUUCUUGCACCGAGACAUCAAACCGUCGAACUUCGCCAUGGGUCGCUUUCCUAGUACAUGUAGGAAAUGUUACAUGCUUGAUUUUGGCUUGGCUCGACAAUUUACCAAUUCCUGUGGUGACGUCAGACCACCUCGUGCUGUGGCAGGCUUUCGAGGGACAGUUCGUUAUGCAUCAAUCAAUGCUCAUCGAAACAGGGAAAUGGGAAGACAUGAUGACCUUUGGUCCUUAUUCUACAUGUUGGUGGAGUUUGUGGUUGGUCAGCUGCCUUGGAGAAAAAUAAAGGACAAGGAGCAAGUAGGCUCUAUUAAGGAGAGGUAUGACCACAGGCUUAUGUUGAAACAUCUCCCUCCAGAAUUCAGCAUCUUUUUGGAUCACAUCUCCUCUUUGGAUUAUUUUACAAAACCAGACUACCAGCUUCUGACAUCCGUGUUUGACAACAGCAUCAAGACCUUUGGAGUAGUUGAGAGUGAUCCUUUUGACUGGGAGAAGACUGGAACGGAUGGCUCCCUGACGACCACCACUACUUCCACCACCCCUCAGCUGCACACCCGCCUGACCCCCGCGGCGAUCGGAAUUGCCAAUGCCACUCCCAUCCCAGGAGACUUGCUUCGAGAAAAUACAGAUGAGGUGUUUCCAGAUGAACAGCUUAGUGAUGGGGAGAAUGGCAUCCCUGUUGGUGUGUCACCAGAUAAAUUGCCAGGAUCUUUGGGACACCCACGUCCCCAGGAGAAGGAUGUCUGGGAAGAGAUGGAUGCCAACAGGAACAAGAUAAAGCUUGGGAUUUGUAAGGCUGCUACCGAAGAAGAGAACAGCCAUGGUCAAGUAAAUGGUAUUCUGAAUGCUCCAAGCCUUGGUUCACCAAUUCGUGUCCGCUCAGAGAUUACUCAGCCAGACAGAGAUGUUCCAUUGGUGCGGAAGUUACGUUCCAUCCACAGCUUUGAGCUGGAAAAACGUCUUACACUGGAGCCAAAGCCAGAUACUGACAAGUUUCUUGAGACCUGCCUGGAGAAAAUGCAGAAAGAGUCCAGUGCAGGAAAGGAAUCUCUUCUCCCUGCUCUGCUUCAUAAGCCUUGUGUUCCUCCCGUGUCCCGUACUGACCACAUCUGGCACUAUGAUGAAGAAUAUCUUCCAGAUGCUUCAAAGCCUGCCUCUGCCAACACCCCUGAACAGGCAGAUGGCGGUGCCAGCAAUGGAUUUAUAGCAGUUAACUUGAGCUCCUGCAAGCAGGAGGUUGAUUCCAAAGAAUGGGUGAUUGUGGACAAGGAGCAGGACCUUCGGGAUUUUAGGACAAAUGAGGCUUUAGGCCAUAAAACAACUGGAAGCCCUUCUGAUGAGGAGCCUGAAGUACUUCAGGUCUUAGAGGAAUCGCCUCAAGAUGAGAAGCUCCUACUGGGUCCUUGGGCAGAAAGCAAUCAUUUAAAGAAAGAACCCUCAGGUGUGGUCUUAGCACUUUCUGGGGAGUGCCCUGCCGCUGCUGCUUCAGAACAGUAUGCGGAUAGGUUAGAACUCCAGACUGCGGGCCCGUUUAUUGCAGUGACACCCACAAGUCCAAUGGAGGCGCAAGCAGAAGGACCCCUCACAGCGAUUACAAUUCCUAGACCCUCUGUGGCAUCUACACAGUCAACUUCAGGCAGCUUUCACUAUGGUCAACAGCCAGAGAAGAAAGACCUUCAGCCUGUGGAACCCACCGUGGAACUUUACUCUCCAAGGGAGAACUUCUCUGGCCUAGUUGUAACAGAGGGUGAACCUCCUAGUGGAGGAAGCAGAACAGACUUGGGGCUUCAGAUAGAUCAUAUUGGUCAUGACUUGUUACCCAGUAUUAGAGAGUGUAAUAAAUCUCAAGACCCGGGACCAAAAGACCUUCCUGACCAUAACAGACUGGCUGUGAGAGAAUUUGAGAGUCUCCCUAGGGAAACCGAAGAGAAAAGCAAUCUUCUAGGGUCAGAUAAUGAAGAUGAGAAGUUAAGUAAAGGGCAGCAUUAUAUUGAGAUCGCCUCCCUUCCAGGAGACUUGGUAACUGCGGAAAGGGAUCACUCAGCUACUACUGAACCUCUUGAUGUGACAAAGACACAGACUUUUAGUGUAGUGCCAAAUCAAGACAAAAAUCAUGAGAUAAUGAAGCUUCUGGCAGUUGGAACUUCAGAAAUUUCUUCACGAGUCAUUGACUCACAUGUUGAAGGACAGAUAGGUCAGGUGGCAGCAAUGCAAAAAAGUAAGAUAUCUAAGGAUGAUGACAUCAGGAGUGAAGACUUGCCAGGUCAGCAGGGGGACCUGUCUACUUUUUUGCACCAAGAGGGUAAGGGAGAGAAAGUGGCCCCUAGGAAUGGAGAAUUAUUUCACUGUGUUUCAGAGAGUGAACAUUGUCCCCCAUCCCGGAAGGACGUGAUUAGGUCAUCCUUUGUAACUAGACACAGCCGAAUCCCUGUUUUAGCACAAGAGAUAGACUCAACUUUUGAAUCUUCCUCUCCAGUCUCUGCAAAAGAAAAGCUCCUCCAAAAGAAAGCUUAUCAGCCAGACCUCGUCAGGCUUCUGGUGGAAAAAAGGCAACUCAGGUCUUUCCUUGGGGACCUCUCAAGUGCCUCUGAUAAAUUGCUGGAGGAGAGACUAGCCACUGUUCCUGCUCCCUUCUCUGAGGAGGAAGUCUUUGCUCCCUUUUCGAGACUGACUGUAGACUCGCACCUGAGCAGAUCAGCCGAGGACAGCUUUCUGUCACCCAUCAUUUCCCAGUCCAGAAAGAGCAAAAUCCCAAGGCCAGUUUCAUGGGUCAACACAGACCAAGUCAGUAGCGCAACUUCAGCUCAGUUCUUGCCUCGGCCACCGCCAGGGAAGCCUCCCACAAGACCUGGAGUGGAAGCCAGGCUCCGCAGAUAUAAAGUCCUAGGGAGUAGCAAUUCCGACUCAGACCUUUUCUCCCGCCUGGCCCAAAUUCUUCAAAAUGGAUCUCAGAAGCCCCGGAGCACUACUCAGUGCAAGAGUCCAGGAUCCCCUCACAAUCCAAAAACACCACCCAAGAGUCCAGUUGUCCCCUGCAGGAGUCCCAGUACCUCUCCUCGAAGCUCUUCCUUGCCUCGCACGUCCAGCUCCUCACCAUCCAGGGCUGGACGGCCCCACCAUGACCAGAGGAGUUCAUCCCCGCAUCUGGGGAGAAGCAAGUCACCUCCCAGCCACUCAGGAUCUUCCUCCUCCAGGAGGUCCUGCCAACAGGAGCAUUGCAAACCCAGCAAAAAUGGCCUGAAAGGAUCCAGCAGCCUCCACCACCACUCUGCCGGCACCAAAGCGCCCCCAGGGAAGAGUAAGUCAGCCACUAAACUCAGCAGAUAGGAGCUGGGCUGCAUCUCUGUGAAAGGUGUGAGAUCUUCCUCCUAAACCUGAUGCAUGUGUGGCCCUGUACUGUCUAUUUAAAAAAUCAGUGUUGAUCUUCUCUUGCAAAAGAAAGUAACAUGAUAAAUUAUUUAUAAGAAGACAUAAAUAUAUGAUAAGGAAUUGCCUAAGGCAGGCAGCAAGCAGAUCAGGGAUCAAUGCCUUUGCAUAGGAAGGGGCAAUCCAACAAAAUCCACGGGGGACAUUAAAUGAACUCUCAUUUUUCAGCUGCCUUUGAAACAAAAGAGUUGACGGUAGGAAAUGGAAUGGAAUUUUAUGGGGUUUGGCCUGUUUUUUUAAGGCAUUGUUAAAGAUUAUAUAGCAAAAGUGAAAUUUCUUGUUUUAAUAUUUUCAUUCAAAACUUCCAACCUUAGAGAGUCAGAAUUAUUCCGAUAGGAGGAUCUGUAACAAGUCUGUUGCUGGGGAGCCAGUGCUCAUAUACACAAGGCUUGUGUGUUUACUGGUGUAUUGAGAGUUCACACCUUUACUUUGCCUCACUCCUACUACCCUCCCUGGAUUUCUGUUUUUAAAGUUGAGUGUAUCUCCCCAGAUGCAAUCUCCCUUAUUUUAACAAUACAUUCUAAUAUGCUUUUAGCAGCACAUGCUGAGAAUUUCAAAUCCAGUUGUGUUUUUAGUCCCCUAAUAUUUUUCUGUGGAACAGAAAAAAGUAACAGUUAACAGUUCUUAACUUGGUAUAUUUUUAUUGUGAAAAAGAGCUACUGAAACUUAGGUAGAAGAAGGAGAAGUCGAAACAGAGCUUACUGCACAGGCGUUAGCGCUUUAGGGACAGAGGGACAGAGUGGGGUGAAUACCCUUCAAGACAAAAGAAACCUCUCCCCCUCUGUUUCCUCCUUGUGGAAGGAAGACCGACCAGAGUAGACCUUGCUUUCUUAGGUCUUCUGGAGACUGACUGUUUGCAAUAUCAACCUCCAAGAUGAUACCAGGGAAGUACAAUGCUGUGGAAUGUGACUUCAUGCUCUUAGAGAUUUAGAAAGAAAAACAGAAAUUAGGUACGUUGUUGAGGCUUAUAAUCCUCAAACUUUGUAUUUUAUAUACAUUUAGCCAAUAAGGAAUGAGUAUCUGGGGAAAUAAAUUUAGGCUCAAUAUUUAUCUUUUAAUGUUUUAUUACCUGCUUCUCCUAUGUUUUAGUUUGAAUAUUUGGGCUUUGGGACCUGAUUUCCUUGUAACCUCAAUUUAUAAAGCUGCCAGGAGGAGCAUAUUUGUUCUAAUUUCACUCUUCUGCUAACAGGAAUCCGGCAAAAGUAAAUUAUGCGAGAUUUUUCAAAUGGGCUCUUUUCUACUCUGUAGGUGUUUUGUGCUGUAAAGACCUGAUUGAGGUCAGGUAAAUUGGUCUGCUUGCUGUUGAAAUUCGCCUUCUAGCAAACAUCUGUGCUUUCUCUUUGACCUUGUGUUUGCUGCCAAACCUAAUAUGGUUGAAUUGGAAAACAAGAAAAAAAAACAAAAACAAAAAAACAAAAAAGUAUAUUUCCUCACCAAGCGAAUACAUUCUAAUGCUGCCUCAAAGCUGCCCUGAAGCUGCACUGAACUUCUGUUGUUCUCUUUAUCUGUGUUGAGCUUUUUAAAAAAACAAAAAAACAAAAAAACAAAAAAAACCAAAACUCCAAACACUAUCAAGUCCUAUACGAUCUCCCAUAAGAAAUGUAGCAUAGUGUGGAAUCUUAAUUUCUCUCCGGUUUCAAGCUCUACAGAGGAAUGCAAUAGAUAAGACAUAUUUGCUGUUUAACUGAAGCAACUGUAAUAUUGGAAGACCAGUCCUUCUGUAUGAUACUUGUAUAAUAGUUGCUAUAACACUACUUGCAUGUCUUCAUGGUAAAUGAUAUAAAUAUUUAUAAAUAUAUAGAGAAACAUAUGCUUAUAUAAACUCAUUCUUUCUCAUUCUCCAUUUGUAAUUUCAAGAUCACAGAUGGUGAAAUUCCUUUUCAUUGUGUGCCUCAUGUACACUUGGGCCUUGCCUGUCUUCAUUUUCUGAAAAUAUGUUCUUGGCAUGGGACACUUCAGAUUCUUCUUGCCUUCUUUGUGUAUACUGCAAGGGUUGGCAGCCUUCAAGCCAAGAUAGGUUGUUUAAUUUUCACUUUUAAAAGAUGUUAAUAGGGGAAAAAAUUACCGGGUCAGGCUUGUGAUACUGGCUCAAAAAUUUGUCACGUUAAUCACAUAAUUCUGUCCUUAUGGUUAAAGGGGAUAAACUGGGAUGAUAAUCCAUGGUCUGAUAUAAAUUGGUUUAAAGAAAAAAAAUCUCUUAAAAAUUGCCAUUUUACAUUCCUAUUUUCACCUCACUAUUUUUUGGAUGGUGAGGGAGUAUUCUACAAUUAAGGAAUUAACUUCUUUUUUCCCUUGUAUUAGCUAAAUUGUGCUAAAAGUAGCCAGCUUUAAAUCCUGACCCGUUGUCGGAAAUGUGCCCUUCAUAACCACUGGAAAAGCGGAUGAGGCUAUAGUUGUGGUGUGUGUGUUAUUUCUUAUUGGUAUUUUCUCUUCUAGCAGGCAAAACAGUGUUGGCAACAUGGCAUUUGGGUGUUUUCUCUCUCUUGGUUUCUUCUGUUUUUCUCCCAACUCUUCCACUGUGUUGCCCCCUUUUCUAGAUGGCACCGACGAACUCCAUAUCCAGAGAGAAAUAGCCUUGGUGUAUAAGAAUACUUUAUUUUGCAUGUAGAGGAAAGAGUUAACCAAAGAUGUUUCAGCUCUGAUACUUUCAAAAGAAAACAGACUAGUUAUAUCAUAUGUAUCAAUAGGUCCACUUAAAAGUACUAUCAUAGAGAGAUUUACUUUAUGGUUUUUAAAAGCAUAGUUUGUGCUUUUAGAUGGUCAGUGUCUUAGGCUAAAAAGAGAAGUUGGCAGCCCUGAGCAAAACAUUUUUGGCGCAAGGAUUUUUUAUUUUGUUUUAUUUUAAGGUAUGAUACAGAGAAUGAGUUGUUUGUUGUUGUUUUAGUUCCUUGUUUUUUUUAUUUAUUUUGGGUUUUUUAGUGAUGGCAUAUUUCAGAUUUCAGUGACAAACAUAGAUCAUCCAAGUAAUUUUAAACCACUUUGGUUAUUUUACCUAAGAUGAGGGACAUGGCCAUUAAUUAAAGUCAAACCAAACUAUACUAAAAGUAGUAUGGGGCAAAAGUCAAAACUAUCUUUCAAAAAUCAAGUGCCUCCUGGUUUCUCCUCUCAACACGAUGGCAACCCUAGUCAUACUUGCCUUUACCCUGCCAUGUCUAGUCUCUGGAGUUACUUGGGUGCAGCAGAAAAUGGAUUCGCACCAGCUCAGUCCCUGUAGGCAGCAUUCUUCUUACAUUAUGCCGCCAAAUCUCCAGGGUAUACAGAUGGGUUGAAAUAUUAAUAUUUCACCUGGUCAUCUUUUGCACAGCAUAAAGGCAUUUAACUUUAAUGUAUAGCGAACAAAGGAAAAUUGGAUCAUAUCAAAUGUAACCUUAAAGCACAGACUGUAAACAUCUUUGAAUGGUAAGUCUCGGGCGCUGUCAUUCCCACCUUGGUGUGCAAGCUGGUCUUGCUGACGAGGGCACCAGCACAUUUGCGUUUCUUAAGUUGCAUGUUGUGAAGUGAAUGCUUUUUUGUAAAAGUUGCCAAGUCAGUCCAGUCCUAGAUAAGUAGCAACAUGAUAAUUGAUACCCACUGUUGUCAUUAUCCACUUUGUAUUAUUUGCUUUAAACUACUAAACAAAUCCCAGCUGCUUACUGAUUCAGUGGACUACUUGUGCAGUAUCUCUAUUCAGCUCCUAGCCACUAGGGGAACUUGAGGCUCUUUGAUAAUCAUCAUAGAUUCCUUCCAGGCCACAGAUUUUUAUGCAAAUGUUUCUAUGGUUGCAUUCAAUCUACAAGGAAAAAGUGUACAUUGGUGCAUGUUUUAUAAACCAACACACCGAUAGUUAAAACUAUAAUUAGUUUUCCUAUACCCGAUAGCUUUGAAUUAAAAAAACAGAUGUUUUUUCCCUAGAGGAUUCUUUGUUCUAGGAACUACAUUCUUAAUCUAACAUUAGAAAUUGGCAAUAGGAGAAACAGGAUCCAGAAUUCAGAGUUAGGCUUAGGGGAAAAAAUGCAUCUUAUUCUGGCUAUUUGGAAAUAUAUUAAUUUGUAGAUAAGUCUAGAUUUAGUCUUGGAGAUCAAAGUUUUCACAUUUUAAAACUGUUCAUUUCUUUAUAUCUAUCAAAACACGGCGUAUGUUAAAGAAUCAUUUCUUCUGUCAUAUUCAUGUAUUUUGGAAUUAAGUUGUUUGCAUUCACUUUUUUAUAUUCUGCCCACUUCUGUUUAUGUGCAUUUACCACAGAUGUGUUGGGACUUUGCCUAAAGGGAGACAUAUUUUGGCACCUGUAUCACUGAGGAGAGCUAGAAUGGUUGAUGACAGCGGAAUUUAUUCAACUUUCUUGAGUUUGGGUCUGUACACUUUGUUUGCAGAAGAGUUACUUAUCUAGGUUUUAACACAAGAAGUAUUACAGGAUUAAGGUAUGUAACCACUAUGGUAGUCCCCCAGGUCAAUAGUCACCCGAGUCCCGAAUCCAGAGGUGUCGAUUUGACCUUAACUUAGAGAAGGGAACACGCAGCAGCUGCAGGUCCUCAGACCACAUGGGAGGACGUGGUGCAUGGAAACCCCCAGGUGGUGGUUCGGACACCCCACUCCCCUGCCGUCAUCUAGGAGAACUCUGGGGUACACUGGGAGGAUGGGGGAGGAGCGUGGAAACAUCUAUCAUUGGAUUUUCUCAAUAGCUGGGCUGCCGCUUUGGAAUUAGGAGAACGUUAACCCAGAUAGUCUUGGGAGCCUGCAGAAUCUGUUGUCGACAGUGCAAGGGAGAUGUGCAGGAGGUGUUUGGGGAAGUCCGGUAGUUCUUAGGUAACUCCAGGACAUGGAACUAGGGUCCCUAUGAAUUUAAAGGGGAGUUUGGAUGCUGCACACCUCAGUCCCUGAGAAAUCCUUGGCUGGACAUGAAAUGAUGACAGAGUCUUGGCCCAUCAGUACAUUGUCUGAGUUGUGAUAAUCUGCUCUGACUUUCAAAAUGUAAGCUGGAUGUUUAAUUAUUCCCCUUGAGCAAAUCUGGAUCAGAAAAUGAAAGUAUUUGACAAGAUCAAGAUCACUUUGUGGUUAUUAUACACAAUCUCAAAAAACUGAAUAGCCAGCAAGUAACAUUUAGUCAGUAAUGAUUUGAAUAUUUCCUUACACUUUGCUGGAUCUUUGGUCUGAGGAGACAUGUAAAGGAAGUAAAGCCUUUUCCUUCAUGAUCCUGUGGAACUUUAACAGAGCCUGCCUGUUAAAUUGGAAGUGACAGUAUGGGCAUAGUACGUAUCACCGGUGAUGCUGCCAUGUGUCUUCGAUACCCCUGGGCCAGUGGUUCGGGGUUCCUCGACCUAUAGAAUAGGAUUCCAUGAGGCAGAUCUUUGAGCCCGUGUGACUAGAGAAUUUGCCCGUGACAUAAUUUUACACACUAAUGAUAGGAAUUUUACCUCUUUUUGGUAGUUCAGUACCAUUUCAUAUUGUGUACGGAAGUGUUCACUCACCCAGCUAAAAACAUUGAGUAAACCCUUGUUUUUAAUAUACACUGUCCUUGCCGUAUGACUCUUUCUCCCCACCUUAUAGUACACAGUAUAAAAUCCUUAAAAAUUCAUUCACAGCAUUUCCACAUAUUUGGAAUCUGGGCUUUGUUCUUCAUUCACCCACGAUAAACAAGGUGACCAGGGCUUGAAUGUGAUUUAUCUUAGGGAGCAACCCAGGGAGGGGAAAGCCCUUAGGACUUUUCAAAACUAUUUUCUUUUUAAAUGAUUCACAAGUUAGAUAAAUUAGUUCACUAAGGUAAAAAGCAUUCAGAAAUACAGUUAGGAAGAUGAAAGAAACACAACACUCUGCCACUUGGGGCUCCGAAAUUGGAUUGAGUGAAUUGAACAAAGAAGAGAACUGAUCAGAUGACCCAUGCUUGAGCCCACACACUCCCUCCUGCACAGUUCCCGUCCCCCUCCUGACUCCCAUUCCUAAAAUUGCCAGCACUGAUUUCACUGGGUCAUUUACUUACCGGUUCGCAGCUUUUAGGAAAAAAGAGGGGGACACAUCUAGUUUUGACUUAGAUAUAAUUCUUGAAAGUUACGAACUACUGGCAGCUGUUAUAUCAGAUUGAACCACAAACCAGAAGAAGUCUCUUGUCGAGCAAAACCAGUAAGUUAGAAGACUUCAGUAAUCCCACAGUUUUUCUCCCUUUCUCCUCCUCUUCGUGAAACCAGAGUGAUAAGAAGUUGCUUUUUGAAAUACCUCCAAAGGUAUUGUAUUGCCCUUUUCCCUCCAAGCAGCCCUUUUUAUGCAUUUUUGCUCAGGCAACCAAGGACAUAAGGUAUUGGCAGAAACAUGGAGUGCUUUUGUAUAGGCCAUCUGUACAUAAAAGUGUAAUUAUUUAUUUAAUUUUCCCAUUUGUAUCAUAUUAAAGCUUUGUACAGUGUUUUAAGUUCUGUUUUAAAAUUAUUUUGUAUUUUAUUUUUAUAAUCUAGUAAUAAAAUAUUCAUUCCGCAUG